CGCACGCAGAACAACGGCGGUCUCGAACAAAAAGCUUGCGGAAUCGACACAAGGCUGUGUUACGUGUUAGCCCAAACGAGGCUUUUCCGCAAUUUUUGACCAAACUUUUCUUUAAUAAUUGCUGAGCUCAAUCAUUGCAUCUUUGUGAGGAACCAUGGCAGGAGCGCCCCCAGGAUUUCUGCUGGGGAUGCACCCCAUGGCCUAUGCCCAGCCCCAACAGGUUAUGCAGCAGCAGCCACCGCAGCAGCAACAGCAGCAGCAGCAGGCGGUCAAACAGAUGCCCCCACAGGUACCAAGCUACAUGUCUGAGGAGAAGCUGCAAGAAAAGGCUCGCAAAUGGCAGCAGCUGCAAUCCAAACGCUAUGCUGAGAAGCGUAAGUUUGGUUUUGUGGAUGCCCAGAAGGAGGAUAUGCCCCCGGAACAUGUGAGGAAAAUCAUCCGUGACCACGGUGAUAUGACCAACAGAAAGUUCCGUCAUGACAAAAGAGUCUACCUUGGAGCCCUGAAGUACAUGCCCCAUGCUGUACUGAAGCUGAUGGAGAACAUGCCUAUGCCGUGGGAACAGAUCCGUGAUGUGUCUGUCCUCUAUCACAUCACAGGGGCCAUCUCCUUCGUCAAUGAGGUACCAAGGGUCAUUGAACCCUGCUUCAUAGCACAAUGGGGCUCCAUGUGGAUCAUGAUGCGAAGGGAGAAGCGAGAUCGUCGUCACUUCAAGAGGAUGCGCUUCCCACCCUUCGACGAUGAGGAGCCUCCCCUGGAUUACGCUGAUAACGUGCUGGAUGUGGAACCCCUGGAACCAAUCCAGAUGGACCUGGACCCAGAGGAAGACUCUCCGGUCUAUGAGUGGCUCUACGAUCACAAGCCUCUCCAAGACUCAAAGAUGGUCAACGGCACCAGCUACAAGAAUUGGAACAUGACCCUGCCGGUGAUGUCGACCCUCUACCGUCUGGCCAACCAGCUCCUGACUGAUCUGGUGGAUGAUAACUACUUCUAUCUCUUUGAUCUCAAGUCCUUCUUCACCUCCAAGGCUCUCAACAUGGCCAUCCCAGGUGGACCCAAGUUUGAACCUCUGGUCAGGGAUGCUAACCUUCAGGAUGAGGAUUGGAACGAGUUCAACGAUGUGAACAAGAUCAUCAUCCGUCAGCAGAUCAGAACAGAGUACAAGAUAGCCUUCCCAUACCUGUACAACAACCUACCCUACUAUGUGCAUCUUACAUGGUACCACACACCACCAGUAGUCUUUAUCAAGACAGAGGAUCCUGAUCUACCAGCUUUCUACUUUGAUCCUCUCAUCAAUCCUAUCUCUCACAGACAUGCAGUCAAGCAUGUCGACCCUCUGCCUGACGAUGAUGAGGAGUUUGAGCUGCCUGACUACGUACAACCCUUCCUCCAGGAACGUCCCCUGUACACAGACAACACAGCCAACGGGAUCGCCUUGCUCUGGGCUCCAAGACCCUUCAACCUGAGAUCAGGUAGACAUAGGAGAGCUAUGGAUAUACCACUGGUCAAGACAUGGUAUCGUGAGCACUGUCCCAGCGGCCAGCCUGUCAAGGUGCGUGUCUCCUACCAGAAGCUCCUCAAGAUCUAUGUCCUCAACGCUCUCAAGCACAAACCACCAAAAUCACAGAAGAAGAGGUACCUCUUUCGGUCUUUCAAGGCCACCAAGUUCUUCCAGGCGACCAGCUUGGACUGGGUAGAGGUGGGUCUCCAGGUCUGUCGUCAGGGGUACAACAUGCUCAACCUCCUCAUCCACAGGAAGAACCUCAACUAUCUUCAUCUCGACUACAAUUUCAACCUCAAACCUGUUAAAACACUCACAACCAAGGAGCGUAAAAAGUCCCGUUUUGGAAACGCUUUCCAUCUCUGUCGUGAGAUCCUGCGUCUGACCAAGCUGGUGGUCGACAGCCAUGUGCAGUACAGACUGGGCAAUGUUGACGCUUUCCAGUUGGCUGAUGGAAUCCAGUAUAUCUUUGCCCAUGUUGGUCAGCUGACUGGAAUGUAUCGAUACAAGUAUAAGCUCAUGAGACAGAUCAGGAUGUGUAAAGAUCUUAAACAUGUCAUCUACUACAGAUUUAACACCGGACCAGUAGGGAAAGGACCAGGGUGUGGUAUAUGGGCUCCUGGCUGGCGUGUGUGGGUGUUCUUCAUGCGUGGGGUCACCCCGCUGCUAGAACGCUGGCUGGGCAACCUCCUCUCCAGGCAGUUUGAGGGACGUCACUCCAAGGGUGUCACCAAGACUGUCACCAAACAGAGGGUGGAGAGUCACUACGAUCUGGAGCUGCGUGCAUCGGUGAUGCAUGACAUUAUUGAUAUGAUGCCUGAAGGUAUCAAGCAGAACAAGGCCAGGACCAUCCUGCAGCAUCUGAGUGAAGCCUGGAGGUGCUGGAAGGCUAAUAUCCCUUGGAAGGUACCAGGCCUGCCCACCCCAAUUGAAAACAUGAUCCUGAGGUUUGUCAAGUCCAAGGCAGACUGGUGGACAAACACAGCUCACUACAACCGAGAGAGGAUCAGGCGUGGUGCCACAGUGGAUAAGACUGUAUGCAAGAAGAACUUAGGAAGGCUCACCAGGCUCUAUCUCAAGGCAGAGCAGGAGAGACAGCACAAUUACCUGAAGGAUGGUCCAUACAUCACAGCUGAGGAGGCCGUAGCCAUCUACACCACCACUGUGCAUUGGCUUGAGAGUCGUCGCUUCUCACCCAUCCCCUUCCCUCCUCUCUCCUACAAACACGACACCAAGCUACUCAUCCUCGCCUUGGAGAGAUUGAAGGAAGCAUACAGUGUGAAGAGUCGUUUGAACCAGUCUCAGAGAGAGGAGCUUGGUCUUAUAGAACAGGCCUAUGACAAUCCUCAUGAAGCCCUCAGUAGAAUCAAACGUCAUCUGCUCACCCAGCGUGCCUUCAAAGAGGUUGGUAUAGAGUUCAUGGACCUGUACAGUCAUCUGAUUCCUGUAUAUGACGUAGAACCCUUAGAGAAGAUCACUGAUGCCUACCUAGAUCAGUAUCUCUGGUAUGAAGCAGACAAGAGACGUCUCUUCCCUCCCUGGAUCAAGCCGGCUGAUACUGAACCACCUCCACUCCUUGUCUACAAGUGGUGUCAAGGUAUCAACAAUCUGCAGGACGUAUGGGACUCCUCUGAAGGAGAAUGUAACGUCAUGAUGGAGUCUCGUUAUGAGAAGCUCUAUGAGAAGAUAGAUCUGACUCUACUCAACAGACUGCUACGUCUCAUCGUAGAUCAUAACAUUGCUGAUUACAUGACUGCCAAGAACAACGUUGUCAUCAACUACAAGGACAUGAAUCACACCAAUUCCUACGGUAUCAUCCGAGGUCUUCAGUUUGCUUCCUUCAUCGUCCAGUUCUAUGGUCUGGUCCUGGACCUGUUAGCAUUGGGUCUACACAGGGCCAGUGAGAUGGCGGGACCACCGCAGAUGCCUAAUGACUUCUUGCAAUUCCAGGAUGUAGUCACAGAGGCCAACCAUCCCAUCAGGUUGUACUCGCGCUACAUUGACAAAGUCCAUAUCUUCUUCAGGUUCACAGCAGAAGAAGCCCGUGAUCUGAUCCAGCGCUACCUGACGGAGCAUCCCGAUCCUAACAAUGAGAACAUUGUGGGUUAUAACAACAAGAAAUGCUGGCCAAGAGAUGCAAGGAUGAGACUUAUGAAGCAUGAUGUCAAUCUGGGACGAGCUGUCUUCUGGGACAUGAAGAAUCGUCUUCCUCGUUCCAUCACCACCUUCAUGUGGGAGCAGAGCUUUGUCUCUGUCUACAGCAAGGAUAAUCCUAACCUGCUCUUCAACAUGAGUGGCUUUGAGUGUCGCAUCCUACCAAAGUGCCGUACCACCAGCGAUGAGUUCACGCACAAGGAUGGUAUCUGGAACCUUCAAAACGAGGUGACCAAAGAGCGUACAGCUCAGUGUUUCCUGCGUGUAGAUGAUGAAUCCCUGCAGAGGUUCCACAACAGAGUCAGACAGAUCCUCAUGGCUUCAGGUUCUACUACCUUCACUAAGAUCGUGAACAAGUGGAACACAGCCCUGAUCGGUCUGAUGACCUACUUCAGAGAAGCCGUUGUCAACACCCAAGAGCUCCUGGACCUUCUGGUCAAAUGUGAGAACAAGAUCCAGACCCGUAUCAAGAUCGGUCUCAACUCCAAGAUGCCCAGCAGGUUCCCUCCGGUGGUGUUCUACACCCCCAAGGAGUUGGGAGGUCUUGGUAUGCUCUCCAUGGGUCACGUCCUCAUCCCACAGUCAGAUCUCAGGUGGUCCAAGCAGACAGAUGUUGGCAUCACUCACUUCAGGUCUGGUAUGAGUCACGAUGAAGAUCAGCUCAUCCCCAAUCUCUACCGCUACAUCCAGCCAUGGGAGAGUGAGUUCAUUGACUCACAGAGAGUGUGGGCUGAGUAUGCACUCAAAAGACAGGAGGCUAAUGCUCAAAACAGACGUCUGACUCUUGAGGAUCUUGAAGACUCGUGGGAUCGUGGUAUUCCUCGUAUCAACACUCUGUUCCAGAAGGACAGGCAUACCCUGGCCUAUGACAAGGGCUGGAGGGUCAGGACUGACUUCAAACAGUUCCAGGUCCUGAAGCAGAAUCCUUUCUGGUGGACCCACCAGCGCCACGACGGUAAGCUGUGGAACCUCAACAACUACAGAACAGACAUGAUCCAGGCUCUAGGAGGAGUGGAAGGCAUCCUGGAACACACCCUCUUCAAGGGCACAUACUUCCCAACAUGGGAAGGUCUCUUCUGGGAGAAGGCCAGUGGCUUUGAGGAAUCCAUGAAGUACAAGAAGCUGACCAACGCUCAGAGAUCCGGUUUGAACCAGAUCCCUAACAGAAGAUUCACCCUCUGGUGGUCACCUACCAUCAACAGGGCUAACGUGUAUGUAGGUUUCCAGGUGCAGCUUGAUCUGACGGGUAUCUUCAUGCACGGCAAGAUCCCAACCCUCAAGAUCUCUCUCAUCCAGAUCUUCAGGGCUCAUUUAUGGCAGAAGAUCCAUGAGAGUGUGGUCAUGGACUUGUGUCAGGUAUUUGAUCAAGAGCUUGAUGCUCUAGAGAUUGAAACUGUCCAGAAGGAAACCAUCCAUCCCAGGAAGUCCUACAAGAUGAACAGCUCCUGUGCUGACAUCCUUCUCUUUGCUGCUUACAAGUGGAACGUCUCAAGACCUUCCCUCCUUGCUGACACCAAGGAUACCAUGGACAGCACCACAACCCAGAAGUACUGGAUCGACGUCCAGCUGAGAUGGGGUGACUAUGAUUCCCAUGAUGUGGAACGUUAUGGCAGGGCCAAAUACCUGGACUACACCACAGACAACAUGAGUAUCUACCCCUCACCCACUGGGCUUCUCAUCGCAAUUGACCUGGCCUACAAUCUGCACAGUGCAUUUGGUAACUGGUUCCCUGGUUGCAAGCCCCUGAUCCAGCAAGCCAUGGCUAAGAUCAUGAAGGCCAAUCCCGCCCUCUAUGUCCUGAGGGAGAGAAUCCGCAAGGGUCUGCAGCUCUACUCCUCAGAACCCACCGAGCCGUACCUGUCCUCCCAGAACUACGGAGAGCUCUUCUCGAAUCAGAUCAUCUGGUUUGUGGACGACACCAACGUGUACAGGGUCACCAUUCACAAGACCUUUGAAGGUAACUUGACCACUAAGCCUAUCAACGGAGCCAUCUUCAUCUUCAACCCCAGGACUGGUCAACUCUUCCUCAAGAUUAUCCACACCUCUGUGUGGGCUGGACAGAAACGUCUUGGUCAGCUAGCCAAGUGGAAGACUGCUGAAGAAGUGGCUGCUCUGAUUAGAUCCCUGCCCGUUGAGGAACAACCCAAGCAGAUCAUUGUCACCAGGAAAGGCAUGUUGGACCCUCUGGAGGUUCACUUGCUGGAUUUCCCCAACAUCGUCAUCAAGGGCAGUGAGUUACAGCUCCCCUUCCAGGCUUGUCUCAAGGUAGAGAAGUUUGGAGACCUCAUCCUCAAGGCCACCGAGCCUCAGAUGGUGCUUUUCAACCUCUAUGACGAUUGGCUCAAGACAAUCUCCUCCUACACGGCCUUCUCUCGUCUGAUCCUGAUCCUGAGGGCGCUACACGUUAACAAUGACCGCACCAAGGUGAUCCUCAAGCCAGACAAGACCACAGUGACCGAACCCCAUCAUAUCUGGCCUACACUGACCGAUGAGGAGUGGAUCAAGGUGGAGGUUGCACUCAAGGAUCUCAUCUUGAAUGACUACGGAAAGAAGAACAAUGUUAACGUAGCCUCGCUGACACAGUCUGAGAUCCGUGACAUCAUCUUGGGUAUGGAGAUCUCAGCUCCAUCCCAGCAACGUCAACAGAUUGCAGAGAUUGAGAAACAGACCAAGGAGCAAUCUCAGCUCACAGCUACCACCACAAGAACAGUCAACAAACAUGGUGACGAAAUCAUCACCUCCACCACCAGCAACUAUGAGACGUCGACGUUCUCCUCCAAGACGGAAUGGCGUGUGAGGGCCAUCUCUGCUACCAACCUCCAUCUUAGGACCAACCACAUCUAUGUGUCAUCUGAUGACAUCAAGGAGACUGGGUACACCUACAUCCUGCCUAAGAACGUCCUCAAGAAGUUCAUCAUCAUCUCUGACUUGAGAGCGCAGAUUGCUGGCUACCUGUAUGGAGUGUCUCCCCAGGACAAUCCUCAAGUGAAGGAGAUCAGAUGCAUCGUGAUGGUACCACAGUGGGGCACCCAUCAGACCGUUCAUCUUCCAAACCAGCUUCCUGAUCAUGAGUUCCUCAAGGAGAUGGAGCCACUUGGUUGGAUCCACACCCAACCCAAUGAGCUUCCUCAGCUCUCGCCUCAAGACGUCACCACUCACGCUAAGAUCAUGGCUGAUAAUCCUAUGUGGGACGGAGAGAAGACUGUCAUCAUCACAUCCAGCUUCACACCCGGUUCGUGCUCCCUGACGGCCUACAAGCUGACUCCCAGCGGUUAUGACUGGGGUAGGCAGAACACAGACAAGGGCAAUAACCCCAAGGGAUACAUGCCUUCCCACUAUGAGAGGGUACAGAUGCUGCUGUCUGAUCGGUUCCUGGGCUUCUUCAUGGUUCCAGCACAAGGGUCCUGGAACUUCAACUUCAUGGGUGUGCGACACGACCCCAACAUGCGAUUUGACCUCCAUCUGGCCAACCCUAAGGAGUUCUACCAUGAGGUGCAUCGACCCUCUCACUUCCUCAACUUCAGCUCUCUUGAAGACGUUGACAACAUGAACAGCGACAGAGAGGAUCUAUACAAAUAGACACCCUUAACCUUAAACUUUCAAUGGAAGGAUAUAAUCAUGAAGUUUGUUAUCAAUAAUCCAUAUUUACAUCGUUGCUGAGUCUGUCACAAACCUCUUUUGUGAAUUUAGCUCUGUUUAAAGCAACUGAGAGGACUUGUUCCAAGUAAACCCUGUCAAAUUUCAACUGAAGACAUGCACAGUGAAAGAACUCUGGUCUAUCAGGACUCCUGUAUGUUAUAACUUUAAAUUUGAAUUUAGGAAUGGAUUACAAAAGUACUAUCUGAAUGAUUUAUUUAUAGAUUUCAUAGAUUAUAUUACAGACUGCUCAAAUAUUCCAGGUUCUUAAAUCUGUCAUUUUCAAAAAGACCUUGAACAUAAUGAUAAACGACGAUUGGGAGGCUCUCAUGAGGUAAAUGCCCUUAGAUUUUGUUUAGAGAGAUCAUUGAUAUAUUUGAAAUCAGUGAUCUUUCUUCAGUGCAACAUUUUAUUAGUCUGUCACAGAAUUGUUAUUCUGUUUUCUCUAAUUAUUCGGAAGGUUUGAACAGCAUUCAAAUAGUUGUAUUAGUUUUGUUAGCAUUCUCCCAUGACCUUAUGUUUUAUAUCAAAUAAUUUUUACACUAAUUGGAUCGUAUUGUAUUAUAGUUAUUCACCCUUCAUGUCUUUUGUUUUUCAUAUCGCUGAGAUAGAAAAGGUAAUAUGGUGUAAUAGCAAGUAAUACAUGCAAUCAUUUGAGGAGCUGUGAAAUUAGAAUUGUAUGGCUUUUGAUCCACAAUGGUCUAUAUGCAUGUUUGAUAUGUCUCAUCCAUGCACGUAUUAUACAUAAUUGAUUAUCUUUUUUCUAGCAGAAAAAUGAUGUAAUAUUUGUACAUAAAUGUGGCUUUGUGACAAAUGUAUAGGAAAAUAACCAGAAAUCAAGAAACAUGAAUGUAAAGGGAAGCAUGUUUGUGAGUCUAAAUGAACUGGUAAACAGUUGUUUUUUUACAGCAAAUCACAUUUGUUUGUUUGUAUAUUCAAAGCCGGAAGGGCAUAAACUCUGUGUUAAAGUAUAUGAAUUAAUUUCCUUCUGGUUCCAAACAGAUGGUAUUACUAAAAUGGAUUCUGAAUACAGAAGUUAAGCAAAUGACGAUGUAUGUUAAAGUGCCUGUGAAUAGUGCAUACACAUUAACUUCAUAAAAGGAAGACAAAGCGAAGAAUGUGACAAGUUACACGUACAUGUUUAUCAUUAAAUUUCCGUAAAUCAUUCUGUUACUCUGACUCUGUUUAUGAUGAUUUUUUUUACAUUUUACAAUGGGAACCUCCUGAAGACGAGAUCAUCCCGAAUUCCCGAUGCAGAUUGUAUGAAAUUGUAAAUUCAUGUAAAAUUUAUACAAUUUUCAAAAGGAGUUGAUAUCAUAAUGGUUGUAAUUGAUUUGAUAUGGUAUGAAAGGAUUUUUAGUCGUGAAAUUAGAUAUGUAUGAAUAUUUGUGCUAUAUUGUAUUAUCCGGUUAUUUCUUUUCUUCUUUUCAAGUGAUAAUUAUGUGAUUUAGACCAUAAACUCUAGUAGGUCCAUGUUUAGACUUUCUUCAGCACAUGAAUACAGCAACUGGAUAUGAUAUGUUCAUCUUCAGAUCCAAGAAAUCACAUCAAUGUGUUUUCAUUACACUUCAAUUUUUCUUCACAUUUCUUAUAUGGCUAGCGAAAUACAAGUAGUGGACUUGUAUUAGACUGGUCAUCAUUCCCAUUUAUUAACUUAAAAGAUUUUAGCUUUCCAAUUCAUUCUGUUAGAGGAUCACAUUACAAACAUUUCAUAAUUAAAUGUCUUGAAUUCUUGACUGUUAUUGUUGUACUAUAAAGAUGUUUUUCGAUCAUGUAUAUAUGGAUUUCUCAAAUUUCAUAGAAUCAGAAGCACAUUUUCAUGUAAUGGAGGCAACACAUGUGGAUUAUUUUUCAAUGAAUGUAUUUUUUUUACCAGGUACUGUUUUGUUGAACUCUAAAAUUAAUGUGGCAAUCUUUUGCCUAAGCACCAACUUAGCAAUGCAGAUGCUUGAGAUAAUUUGUGUUAAAUGUGUUGUUUGCAUUCCAUUAUGUUUACACUUGGAUGAAUAAAAACCAGUAUGGUAUGUAUAAAGUAUA